CAGGUAGUAAUAUGUAAUGCACAGUUCAAUAAUAUGUAAUGCACAGUUCACAGGUCAUAUGUAAUGCACAGUUCCAGGGGCGGACUGACAACUCAUGGGGCCCCCGGGCAAUAGGGGAUCAUGGGGCCCCUGUGUCCUUGCCCAAAUUCAAAAAAGCCUAUGAAAAAGGUACCAGGGGCAUUUCAUGGGGCCCCCUACUGACCCCGGGCCCUCAGGCAGUGCCUGAGUUUCCAAAUGGUCAGUCCGCCCCU